UUAAGACUGGCACCCACGGCGAUGUUAUUUUGUUCCCGGCACUGAGCAUGGCGGGAGCCUCGACGCAGUGACCCCUCGCUGCUAUCAACACACGCCUCUCACUCACCUUCCUUGCCGUUACAGACGCGCUGAAACCAUUCCGCUCCUGCCAACAUGGCUCACGCCCAGACUAACAUACUCCACCGCUUUGAGAUUGAUCAUUAUAUCGAGGAAUUAGAGUGUAUCAACAUGGAGGAAAUGCUUUCGCCCAGGUGGGUGGUGUGUGGGUGCCGUCUGGUGCAGCUGGGAGUACAGGCGGCGCUGGAGACCACCCACACCACCCACGACUACGUCCAGGACGCCCUCACCCUCCACCACAAGGGGCUGACGGUGGUGUGGCACCUGCUGACUACUGAGGCCUGGAGACUGAACGUGCUGCCCCUCCUGCUGAGCCGCCGUCAGUUGGUACCCUCCUCCUCCCUGCCCUUCGUUAUGGUGCUGCAGACGGAGGCGGCGGUGCUGGGGCUGCUGGAGAACCUGGUCUACCACGAAGAUUCGGCAGCAGCCCUCGACGGUCUAGCCCUUGACGUGAUCGACUACAGCGUGAGGCAACUCAACCGAAUGGCCGCCCACGCCCACGCCCACCCACACCAGCCCCUGCUCUACGAACCUCAGGAGUCCUGGACAGCAAGCCCCGCCCUGGCUGAUAAGACGCCGGAGAUGAGAGGAACUGGUGAGACGGGAGGCGGGGAGGUUGAGGGCGGAGAGAGUGAGAGUGAGGAGAAGCAGGACAGCAUAGUGAGGGAGGUGUCAAGAGAGGAGCGUCGUGUGGGUCUGGUGCUGGCGUGUCGGGCAGCUGCUGUCAUCCAGCUGCUGGCCUGCUGUCGUCGCCGUCUCCCACUGUGUGCCACCACCCGCCUCCUGCACACCCACGACGUGCCGCAGCUGCUGGCCUCCCUGCUGCACCUGGCACCCUGGAGGACGCUGCACAACGGUCACAACUACGUGUUUCAAGAGGGCCAGUGGGUGGAACAGGGGGAUGCCGCGCCCCUCACGCCCACAGAGUGCCAGCUGUGGACGGCACUCUACUCCCUCCUGAUGGACCGGGAGACACUGGCCAUGUACGAGGUCAGCAGCGGCAGGAGGACGGCACUGCUGAAGUUGCGAGGUCGCUUGAGUGCCGCGGCCUUGGCCCAGGUACCGGCACUAGAGCCCCUGGCCCGCUGGCUGGCCGCUCUGGCCCUCACCGCCCCCCAGCAAGCUCGUCCUCCGCCCCUCGUCACCACCAUUGCCCAGCUGGGCGGGGGCGUGGCAGGCAUGUGGGAGGGCCGAUGGGGUGAGUUGGCGGACCUCCUGGAGGCCAGGUUCCUCACGCCCACGCCUGAAGCCCUGAAAGCCCUGGCGACGAACUUGGCAGCAGCGUGGGACCUCGACGCCCUGGAGGCUCUGCUGCCCGAUACCCCCGCAUGCGCCUCCUGCGGUAGCCCAGCAGGCCGCAGGUGCUCCAAGUGCCGCGCUCAGUGGUACUGUCGCAGAGAAUGCCAGGUGAAGCACUGGCCUGACCACAAGAAGCUCUGUGACCUCCUCACCUCUGACCCGAGAGCCAGGAAAACCACUUUCAUACAGUGACAGGAGCAAGGUACCUGUAUAUGUACCUCUCAACCGUCUGUGUGAAGCCUCUGGUGCGCCGUGGGCUUCAGCUUCAUCCUGUUACUAAGCUCGAUUGUUACUUAGCGCUAAAUAAAGUUGAUUCCUCUUGUAAAACAAAUCAUAAGCUCAUUAGGUAACUGUUCUCGGGGGAGGCUUCAGAUGAGCUGAUGUAGGAUAAUAGCUCUUAAUUUGCUGUUUCAUUGGGAUUAUUAGCACC